UGUUGGAUAUGGUCUCCCUUCUGAGUUAGAUCCCUGGCCAGGUAGAGGUCUAGAACGUCCUUGUGGUCAGAUGGUACAUAUCAAGAAUCCAAUUCUCCAUGAUACUGCUCCAUGGGACAUGAGAGGUAAUUUGUGA